AUGCCGUUCAUGAAAGGCGCUGCUCCGAUCCGGAGAACUAUACAAUAUUUGGAAGCUGGGAAGAUAGUGUUCAAAGACCGAAUUAAAAUUGUAUCAAUUCACUACAACACUUUGGGUGAAAAUCAUCGUGGAACCCGAGACUUUGUGUUUUGGCACCUCCCUCAAAUUCAAUUUAAAAAUCCUGAUGUUCAAGUGAUGACUCUUAAGAAUAUGACACCGACACCAUUCAUAAGAUGUUUCAUGAGCGAUGGUAAGGAUUUGUUAAUUGAUGUUGAUAACCGUGACAAAGAUCGAAUUCAUGACCAUGUUUUACAAGUUCUUGGAAAACCAAAAGAAACACUCCACAUGGAAGCCAUGGCUAAAGAGAAAAAAGAUAAUAUUGCCAAUUUUGGAUAUAUGUGUGAAAAACAUUGUAUGUGUGAAAUUUUUGGACAAGUUCCGUGUCCAGCAGUUGUGCCAUUGCCUAAAUCUUGGAGAGGCAAAUACAAAAAUGAAGAAUCAUAG